AUGCCGGUGCUGCACCAGCACAGCAAAAGGUUCAGCGGCCUCUACACCGGGCCUUACUUCGACACAAGCACUGCUACCAACAUAACGGCCCAGCUGGGCACGCACGCCUACCUGCCGUGUCGCAUCAAGCAGCUGGGUAACAAGUCGGUGUCGUGGAUCCGGCGGCGCGACGCGCACAUCCUGACGGUGGACCGGUACACGUUCAUCGCGGACGACCGCUUCCAGGCGUUCCUGGUCGAGGCGACGGACACGUGGACGCUGCAGAUAAAGUACGUGCAGGCGCGCGACGCCGGCCAGUACGAGUGCCAGGUCAGCACCGAGAACAAGAUGAGCCACUUCAUCUCGCUGCACGUCGUCGUGCCGCGCGUGGAGAUCGCGGGCGGCCACGACCUGUACGUGCGCGCGGGCAGCACGGUGGCGCUGCGCUGCGAGGUGACGCAGUCGCUGGAGGAGCCGGCCUACAUCUUCUGGUACCACGACGGCGAGCGCGUGCUCUCCUACCAGGACAUCCGGCUGGAGCGCGUCGCGCCCGACGCCACCGUCAGCACGCUGCUGAUCCAGCGCGCGCGCCGCGAGCAGUCGGGCAACUACACGUGCAAGCCCAGCAACCUCGACUCCGCCUCCGUCCUGCUGCACGUGCUCGACGGGGAGCACCCGGCGGCGAUGCAGCGCGGCAAGAACUCGGCGGUGCCGGCGGGCAGCUGGUGGGGGCACGUGUGGUGCCGUCUGGCGCUGGCUGCGCUCGCCGCCUGCUCCGGCCUGCACGACGCGCCCUGCCCCUGCCACGCCGCGGCUCUGCUGCCCGCGCUACUCGCCGCGGUCGCCUGGGCCUCUGCGUAG